AUGGAAGCAACCCUGUUGGAUCAAUGGAAAAGUCUCCCGAUCGAGAAGUACGACGGAUCCACCGAUCCCGAUGAACACCUAAACGUCUUCCUGACACAGGCAACCCUCUCAACGCAAGACGACUCGACUUUGUGUCGAAUAUUCCCCACAUCGCUGAAAGGUAGAGCCCUGAGUUGGUUCACGAGAUUGCCGAGCUCGUCCAUUGACUCGUUCAACGAGUUGUCAUCUCAAUUUACCCUCCAAUUCGCGACAAGCAAGCCGUACCGGACGACCUCGUUGGCCUUGGCGGGGGUCCACCAAGAAAAGAAGGAAAGCCUGAGAAGCUUCACAGACCAGUUCAACAAGAUCGCAAUGGAGAUCGGCGACCUUAAUCCUGCUGUGGAGAUGGACCGGCUGAGCACCGCCCUCAGGCUGGGGCCGUUCGUGAAUAGCCUAUGCAAAAAACUACCCAUUGAUAUGAACGAUCUCCGACGCCGAGCUGAAAAGUACAUGCAGAUGGAGGAGCUGGCUGAAACCAGAAACCAAGCCAGGGCCGAGGAAAAUUAUAACCGAAAGGAAUCCGGCCGAGAACCAAUGAAAAAGUUGAAUACCGAGCCCUCAAAUGCUCGGCCCCCGAGAGGGCCGCGCUACACAACAUAUACUCCCCUCAAUGCGAGUAGGGUAAAGGUGAUGGAGCAGGCCCUCGCAUCGGAAAUCCUCGUGAUGCCGAAACGGGCAAACACGCCUCCUAGAGCCGACAAAGCCAAGACAUGCCGAUUCCGUCGGAACAGGGGGCACUCGACAGAAGAGUGCUCGACACUAAAAGAUAAGCUGGAAGACCUUAUCAAGCAAGGUCACCUUGGGAGUUUCGUCGCCCCCCAAGACCACCAGUCAAGGGGAAGAAACCAUUGCUAUCAGGAAGCGCCACCACCGAGAGACUGA